CAAGUUCCCGACGCUUACAGACACCUCACAAUAACAUGACAGACAAGUCAUUACAGACAACUCAAAACAAAUACAGACAACUAAUAAACAAAUGACAAACAAUUAAAUAUCAAAACAAAUACAGAUAACUAAUUACAAAAAUGAAGUCUGUAAUUAUCAUUUGCUUUAAAUCUCUCAUUCUUGACCUUCUGAAUCCAUUUCAUGCCACGAUUUGAAAUAUCAAAUGCCUUGCUCCCGAUUGAAAAAGAGACAUACUUUUCAAUCACAGGCCUUCAAGAUACUAGUAUUGGUCACGAAGAGGUAGAGGAUGUCCCUAAGCAGUCACAUGGUUAAAGCUCCUGUUAGUUAAAAUAUAUUUAACUAAGUGACGAUUACAAGAUGCACUCACACAAUUGUCUGUACACAGACAAUUUGACUGGCUACACAGGCAAAUUGAGUGGCGAUUUAUGAAGAAAAUUGAUUUUCACAUAGACAAAAAUAAAAAAGAGUGUCUGUAUCACAGAUACUUUAUAAUAAGGGUUUUUUACAACAAUAUUACUAAAAUAAAACUUAUUUACAUAAAUAUGACUACUCAUUACUACAACGUAGUAUUGUAGUAACUUAAGUUCGAAACUUGAACAUGAAUUACUAUGUUUUCAUUACUACUCUAGUAAUUAAUCAUAUUUUUGUAAACCAUCUUUAUUUUGGUCAUAUUAAUGUAAUUAUUUCUUAUAAUAAAGAAGUCAUAGAGAAAACAUACACAAGCUACUGGUACUUUACAAGAUGCACUCAGAUAAUUGUCUGUACACAGACAAUUUAACCAGAUACACAGACAAAUUGAGUGACGAUUUAUGAAAAAAAUUGAUGUUCACACAUACAAAAAAAAUUGUCUGUAUCACAGACACUUUAUGAAAAAAUCCAAUCUAAAAUAUCUGCGAUACAGACAAAUCUUUAUAUUUUGUCUGUGAAAAUCGAUUUAACAGACAAAUCUUUAUAUUUUGUCUGCGAUACAGACAGAAAUUUAAAUGAUAAACAUCACAAAUCUAUUUAGUAUAACAGUGUAAUAGGUACUAGUAUUCAACAUCAUAACAACAUUUCAAUAAAGCAUAUGUGAUAUACAAAAUUAAAAAGGGAACAUAUAUACCCUAAAUGCACAAAAAACUAUGAAAUAAAAUAUUACCUCAUGAAUAACACUUGAGAGAGCAAAGUAGAUUCAAGUUGUGACUCCUAUUUUUUUGUGCGGAUUUAGACCUGGAAAAAAAAGUGAAAGCUUUUGAGAUGAAGAAUACAAGAAAUGAAAAGAAAAAACAUGGAGAAAAGGAGAUAAAGAGAGGAGUUAUACGAAGUAUGAGGGAGAAGGAAGUGGAAAAUAGGGAGAAGAAAGUUGGGUGCAGGGAGGGAGAGAAACGAAAUAAGAAAAGAGGAAAAGAGGGAGAGGAAAGUUGGGUGAGAAACGAAAAAAGAAAAGAGGGAAAGAGGGAGAGGAAACUUAGGUGCAGGAAGGAAGAGGAAAAAAGGAAAAGAAGGAAGGAGGGAGGGGAGAGGUUAAUAUGGUGGAAAAGAGGGGGGUGGGGUGUUUUUGUGCUGUGUAACCGGGGUGUGUACAAUGCUGUGUAUACAUAGCAUUACUAAAAAAAAAGCCCACCCCACUUCGUUUUCUCAUUUCUGCAUCCCGCACCCCAAGAAACCGAUUCUCUCCCCCAGACGAUUUGCCCACCACCGCCAUCUUCCCGUCGAACUGCUUCAGCGCCGCCCGAGCCACUCCAUCGCCGCCCCUCUCCAUUGAAGUUCACCGAUACUUCCAUCCUCCCGUCCGGUGUCUGCAAGAAAUCCAGAAGUCCAGAAGUCAUACUGCCACCACUUCACUCUUUAUCGGAAAUGGUUCGCACAUUUCAUUGACGGAAUUGGCUCAAAGUGGAGAUUGUGGAAUUAUGGUAUUGAGUUUUGCACAGCACCUCAUGUUGGACAUCCCGUUCAUACCUGGAUGUGAGUACGCCAAUAUGCCGAAAAAGAGACGUGAGUUUGCUAAAGGACUAUGGAAAAUGAAAGACGACCAAGCAUAAGACGCGAUGAUGAACAAUUAUGUUCAAUGACGUAUAUAUUUUGUAUAUGUAAAUAUUAGAAAUACAUUGGGGGUUAUAUUGUUUUUUUGAGAUAAUGGUGGUUACAUGUAGUAUUUUGUACAAUAAUGGCCGCGCCAUGUUGUACAAUAAUUGUACAAUGUGUUUUCCAUAUAUUUUUUGUCUGUGGCGAAGCUACAAGAAUGUCUGUAUUUUUUGUGGUUGUCUGUGUAGGUCGUAGUACACACUAAGAUGCAUUUUGUUUGACCCCGUUAACUGUAUGUGUAGGCCGUUAUUUUUUGCGGUUGUCUGUGUAGGUUGUAUUUUUUUAAUGUAGUACUUUGGAAAGCAAUUCAUGCAACAUUGUAUAAAAGUUUGUAUGUAGACCUGUAAUUCUAUAAUAUUGUUUGUAUAGUUGUUUUUACCAAUGGUAUUGUUUGUAUUUUGGGAUACAUACAUAGAUAUGAUUAUUAUUAUUGUCUGUAUUUUGGUGAAU